UUCCGUUGAUUUAAACCUUGCAGACAGUCUAACUUCCUUCCUGCUUUUUGUACAUUAAACAAACGUGUAACUCCGAAGCAUAACGCUGAAGAACUGAACUGGUCAAUACCGUAAGGAUAUUGAAAUGACGCUGGAGAAGCAAAAACGCGAAGUCUAAGACUCGGACAACUAGAUCGCUUCUACUAUGCGGAAAUCGUGAAAGGGAUUCUGCUUUUCAGAGCCUGCUGAGCAGAUGUCGCUCGGGGGGGAUCUAUUCAGAAGUUCUCUGGAGUAAAGCGGUGUCUAGGUCGUACUGUAUUUUACUUGAGAUUGAGGACUGGACAGGGACGUACCUCCAGUGAUAAAAAAACAGCCGAGCCUUUCUACAAGCUUCUUUGUUUAUGGUGCUGGAUGUGCUGAAAUAAACUCUUCAAACAAACAAGCUUUCUGUGACCCUGGCUUUCUCUGACCGUCGUCGGUGAACCUCGCCCUUCUGUCUAUCGUUGCUCCCCAUUUCAAGAAGGCCGUUUGUCCCUUUCCCACUCCCCCCCCCCCAACCCCCCAAAACAAAAAUCAUGCUGGGGUUGAAGAGUCAAUGGAGCAAACAAGAUCAAGGCUAAAUGGGAACUCUUCAAGUGACCAACAGCCUGAUAUUAUGGCUGCAUAUGCCUUGAACAGCUUAAUUAUGAUGAAUGCAAAUAAUCUGAAAAGUGACAGCAGUCCUCGGACUGCAAGGCCUGUAAUGCCUGUGCCAGAUCGAAAUGCUACCUACUGCCAGGUACUGGUGAGUGGGGGCAGAUACAGCCCCGGGAGCCUGAGUCCUACGUCUCCCAGGACCUCCUUUGUGUUCCCCAGCGUUCCCAGCCCCAGCAGCCCGAGAGGCCGGUCUCCCACAAGGCCGCCUGAUACCUUGGGGGUGUCAGAGGGUGGCCGGGCGAGGAGGUUCAGCAGCCCCAGCCGGGGGAGGUUCAGUGACGAUAGCCAGCCCCCCAGCCCCGGGCCGUAUGGGGAGCUGAGUCUGAAACUGGGCUUUCCAGAGGAGAAGCAGAUCAGGCGGAUGGUGCAGAUUCCACAGAUCCACCGGGAGUUACAAAACGUUGAGGUGAACAAAAAAGUGGACCUGUUUGAGGCCCAGAUUUCGGACCUCCGCUCCAGGGCGCAGAACUCCGGGAUCCCGCGGAGUCCCCGGAAUGCCCGCAGGCCCUCCUUUGCCUCGGAGCCGAGCGAGGCUGCCAGGGAGGCCUCCCCUCAGCGACAGGACGGCCUGCCCUGUAUCCCGAAGGAGUUCCAGAAUGGAAAAGGAUGUGGCAGCUCAGACAGAGAACUGGAGAACUGCAUAAAGGAAAACAGCCUGGGUGACCCAAAUAGGGAACAGGGCAGGCAACAUGCAGACAAAUCAGCAGGAACGUGGACUAAAGCAGACAGUUCAGCCAGCAGUCAUUCCCCUAGUUCACUGGGGGUUGGCAAGAACUUGGCAGCGACAGAGCAAGCAGCAGCAACAGCAGGGUCCAGCCCUUGCUUGACGAAGGAAGGAGCCGAGCCAGCGGAAACCCAACAGCAAGCUACUGCCUCUGCUUUAGGUGAGGGGAACUGCCCUGAGGUGGGGAGCAUCCCCUCCGUCAUUGUAACAGACCACGGGAUGGAGACGCCGGAGGAAGGGGCCGACAUGCAGCCCAGCCCUCACUGUGCCAGAGCGGCGAGGAAGCUCUCCUCUUCCUCCAACUCCUCCACCGGCUUCUCGUCCUCUUGGGAGGAAUCGGAGGACGAUAUCUCCAGUGACCCCGAGCGUGCGGAGGGACAGUCCUCCGCCUUCCUCCAAGCCGAGCAACAGAGCAAUCCUAGAGCAAGCAAAUCAUGGAAGAAGAUCAAGAACAUGGUCCAUUGGUCUCCAUUUGUGAUGUCCUUCAAAAAGAAGUAUCCUUGGAUCCAACUCGCUGGACAUGCAGGUAAAGACACCUCUGUCCUCAGCCUGCAGAAUGACCUGCAUUUCUAUGUUCUGGAGGAAAGCGUUUACUGGCUUGCCUUUGUCAAGGCCUUUGAAGAUUUUGAAUACUUGCUCAUGAAGGAUGUGCUGAGGCCCUUUGUGCCGGCGUACCACGGCGACGUGGAGAAGGACGGGGAGAAGUACAACCAGAUGGACGACUUGCUGGCCGAGUUCGAGCUGCCCUGUGUCAUGGACUGCAAGAUGGGCGUCAGAACAUACCUGGAGGACGAGCUCACGAAAGCCAGGAAGAAGCCCACCCUCAGAAAGGACAUGUACCUGAAGAUGAUCGAGGUGGACCCCAGUGCCCCCACGGCUGAGGAGCAGGCCCAGCAGGCCGUCACCAAGCCGCGGUACAUGCAGUGGAGGGAGACCAUCAGCUCCACGGCCACCCUGGGCUUCCGCAUCGAGGGCAUAAAGAAGGAAGAUGGGACAGUAAAUAGAGACUUCAAGAAGACAAAAAGUAGGGAGCAAGUGAUUGAGGCCUUCCGAGACUUUGUCAAGGGAAACAAGAAUAUCCUGAAAUCCUAUCUUGAACGACUAAACAAAGUAAAGGAUGCUUUGGAACAGUCAUCAUUUUUUAAAACACACGAGGUCAUUGGAAGCUCCCUUCUCUUUGUCCAUGAUAAGCGAGAACAGGCCAAGGUGUGGAUGAUAGACUUUGGCAAGACGACUCCCCUGCCAGAGGGGCAGGUCUUGAGCCACCGAAUAGCCUGGGAGGAAGGGAAUAGGGAAGACGGAUACCUCUGGGGUCUGGACAACGUCAUAGACAUUAUCGCCGAAAUGGUGUCACGAGAUCCCCUUUAAAACUGUCCUGCCGACAUGAGAAGCUACAGCAUCCUUGAAACUCGCACUACAGGAACUUCCUUUGUUUCCAAAAAAGCUAUAUACUGUAUAGUCUGUCAAGAAACAAAAUAGGGUAGCUAUUGUAUGUAGAUUUUGUACAUAUUUAAUAUUGUUACGGUUAUUUCGGUGACACUCUUAUUUAAGAUGUUUUAUUAAUCUUCCCACCUACCCCUUGAGAAUUGGCGAGUACAAAUAUUGGAGCAGGGCUGCCCUUAAGUUGGAAGAUUUUAGUUUUUUAAUUAAAAACUAAAAAGACAUUUGCUCUCGAACUGUCCAAAAGGUCCAUUUCGGAACUGAAAACCUGAGGUAUACAGUACAUGUGUGGGAAGCAAUGUUAAAGUGAUACCUUUCUGGCACACUUCUGUUGUUAUUUUUUCAUAUUACUACCUGUUUGCUCAUGUGAAACAUGGAUCUGUGUUUAAAUUGGCAAUGUUCAAUUGAAGUUAUACUGUUUGGUUAUGGAUUCAAUCCAUAAAAUUCCAGUUAUAUUAAAAAUAACAUUUUGAGUUGCAUGAAGUACAAGUAAAGUAAUUCAGUUGAUAUUUAAUUUUAAAUGUAGUUCUCAUCUGCAUGUACAUUACACAAGUGUCUUGCCUAUUAAACCCAGUAAAUUACUCCUGCUGGAAUUCCGUGCACUAUUUCCAAUGUAGUCCCAACAUGGAGCAAAUGUGGUGUUUGAAGUUGCCCUGAAAUCAGGACUAAAACUGAUAAUAGGCAUUAAUAACACUUUCAUUCCUUUAUUAAAACAAUGAAGAGGUCUGCUUUUUGGUGAAAACAUUCAUAGGAGGAAUAUGUUUUUUUUUACAAAGUAAUGUACACAGCUUGACCAUAGAAAUAAUUCACAUACCAAGCUGUAUAUUUACUUUAAAGGAGUGUUAUUUAAAUAAAAGACAUAAUAAAAAUAAAUGGGUUAGGAAAAUUAACAAGUGCCAGGUGUUGAGUAACUGGAGAGCUAUAACCUGAAGCAUUUUGGAGCAGUAGUACUUGCUAACAUUGGUAAAUAAAGAAGGUGGAUUUACUGGCUUGUUAUUGUCCACCAUUUCUGAACUGAUUCAAAGGGAGCUCCAGGCAUCAGAUUUGACUUUGUGUGACGCUGGUUGAAAAAUUGUGUAAGCCUCCAUCAGAAACAACAUUAAAAAGAAAGGCCUGGGUUUUUACAACAGUUACAGAUGAAUUUUAAAAUGUAGUUUUAAAAUAUCUGUAUUAGUUUUUUUAAAACUAAAAUAAAAAAUAAAGGCACACAGAAUAUAAAUAAUUUUACACUCAUUCUGAACUGGGCAAUUCUUGAAAGAGCUUGUACAGUACAUUAAGUACUAUAUUUUAAAGACAUUCAAACAUUCAAACAUCUAAACAUCUGGAUAAUAAAUGUUUACCUUGUUCAGGGAACAGGGAAAAGCAUGCAACACAAACUGUAGAAACAGUUAUGAAGAACGUAUAUAUUUGCAGUAAAUAAAGGUUUGAAAACUC